UAUUAUUAUUUUUCGAAAAUAAAAAUGGCAGUACCUUUUAAUAUUCAAGUGUAUUUUUAUAUAUUUUUCGCUAUUUUGUAUUCUGCAGGAACACAUAAUAAAAAAAGAAACGCUGACAUAAUAAAUAAUUUACUACAACAACCAGGAUGGAAGAAUAUUAAUGAUGUCAAACAUAUUAAAUAUAGGACGAAAGACAUUUAUCCAAACGAAAUAAUUAAUAAACCUGUAACAUUAUACAAUUGCAAUAAUUAUGUACGGCACGGAUCAAUAUUCCUUGGAUGUUCUUACACUCAAGAUUUAAAUGUGAUGUUCUUUACACUUUAUAAUUUUUAUGAACAUUGUUUUAAACUACUAAAAUCUGAUAAGGUUCGUGCGCACAAAUGUACAGUAACACUUUUAGCAAAAAUAAUUGAUAUUGUUCCAAUGGCCAAACUUAUGGAAGGAGCUUUAAAUGCUAUAGAACAAUGUCAUAAUAAGCCAAUGAACAUCCAAAGAAAACAUUGUGUUAUUUUAAGUGACGUUCUAACAUAUUUAAAGGAAAAUGAACAUUUAAAGAAGUUGAUUCCAUUGAGUAUUGAUAAGGAUUCUAUUAAUGCAGCAUUAUUUAAAAUUCAGAAAUAUAUAUCCAGAAUGAAAUUAGAACUUGAGGAAAAUGUUAGAUUUUGUGAACUAAUAUCAUUAGAUUUGUUUUCAUUGUGGAAUUUAUGGAAUAUGGAAUUCAACACAUUAAACUUUCAAGGAAUAUAUCAAGAACUAUUCAUUUUUCUUAGUGACAAAAUUAAUGAUUUAAUCUUAACGAUAAUAUGUAAAAAGUAUAUUGAACUUGGAUUUAAAUUUGAUUUGAAUACAUGUCAGACAUUUUUACCUACUCCACAAUCCAAUGACAAUCAAGAUACUACACAAAAUCCAAUAAAUAUGAUACAAUAUGCCACUGAAGUAAAUGCGAUGAAAAAGAUUGUACAAGAAUAUAUUAUACAAUACAAAAAUUCUAUAAAUUUGGUGCAACCUACCAAUGAAGUAGAUAAACAGGAUGGAAUUAAAAAAGAUGAUGUCAUGUGUGAAGCAAAAGAUGAUUCAAACUUACAAAUUGAAUAUACAGAUAAUAUGAGACCAUAUUAUGAGUUCAUUUAAGUUAAUUUUCAUGUCAUAAUUGUUCAUUAUGUUCCAUUACUAUAUAAAAUAAUUGUGUUUAAUUUAGUUCAUAUGCAUUGUUUUAAUAUUUAAUGUAA